AUGAGAGAUUUCAAUUUAGCCCAAGAAACCUGUCAGUUGGCUAUUAGAGAUGUUGGGGGUUUAGAAGUCCUAAUCAAUUUGCUUGAUACAGAUGACGUCAAAUGUAAGAUUGGUUCAUUAAAAAUCUUGAAGGAAAUUAGCCAUAAUUCUCAGAUCAGACGUACUAUUGUUGACCUUGGAGGUUUACCAAUUAUGGUGCAGAUCCUUGAUUCUCCGGACAAAAAUUUGAAAUGUUUGGCAGCCGAAACAAUAGCAAAUGUUGCCAACUUCAAAAGAGCUCGGAGGACAGUGAGACAGCAUGGUGGCAUCAAGAAGUUGGUUGAGCUGCUGGACUAUGCCCACAGUAAAACAGACCCAAUGCACCGCCAUUGCCUGUAUGAAACUAAGGAUGUAGAAGUGGCCCGAUGUGGGGCUUUGGCACUGUGGAGCUGCAGUAAGAGCCAUGCAAACAAAGAAGCCAUUCGGAAAGCUGGGGGCAUCCCUCUCUUGGCUCGCUUGCUGAAGUCUUCACAUGAGAACAUGCUAAUUCCUGUUGUAGGGACCCUGCAGGAAUGUGCAUCAGAGGAACACUACCGUGCAGCCAUCAAAGCAGAGCGGAUAAUUGAAAAUCUGGUGAAAAACCUAAGUAGUGAAAAUGAAGUGCUUCAGGAGCAUUGUGCCAUGGCCAUCUAUCAGUGCGCUGAAGAUGAAGAAACUCGUGACCUGGUUAGGCAGCAUGGUGGCCUUAAGCCACUUGCAGCUCUGCUUAAUAAUACAGACAAUAAAGAACGUCUAGCCGCAGUCACAGGAGCCAUAUGGAAAUGUGCGAUCUGCAAGGAGAAUGUAACAAAGUUUCGAGAAUACAAGGCUAUUGAAACCUUGGUAGGACUUCUAACAGAUCAGCCUGAAGAAGUGCUUGUGAAUGUGGUUGGAGCUCUGGGAGAAUGUUGUCAAGAACAGGAAAACCGAGUUAUUAUCCGGAGAUGUGGUGGAAUUCAGCCACUUGUUAAUUUGCUUGUUGGAACAAACCAGGCUCUUCUUGUGAAUGUUACAAAAGCAGUUGGCGCAUGUGCAACAGAACCAGAAAAUAUGAUGAUAAUCGAUCGCUUAGAUGGAGUUCGUUUGUUAUGGUCCUUGCUGAAAAACCCUCAUCCAGAUGUUAAGGCCAGUGCUGCUUGGGCUCUCUGCCCCUGCAUUGAAAAUGCAAAGGAUGCUGGAGAAAUGGUUCGUUCCUUUGUUGGUGGCCUGGAACUUGUGGUCAAUUUGCUGAAAUCAGAAGACAAGGAAGUCCUAGCAAGUGUAUGUGCAGCAAUCACCAAUAUAGCAAAGGAUCAAGAAAAUUUAGCGGUUAUAACAGAUCAUGGCGUUGUGCCUUUGUUGUCCAAACUUGCAAAUACAAACAAUGAUAAACUGAGGCGACAUCUUGCUGAAGCUAUUUCUCGUUGCUGUAUGUGGGGCAGAAAUAGAAUUGCCUUUGGGGAACACAAAGCGGUGGCCCCAUUAGUACGGUACCUGAGAUCCAAAGACACAAAUGUUCACCGAGCCACUGCCCAGGCCCUGUACCAGCUCUCAGAAGAUGCCAACAACUGUAUCACCAUGCAUGAAAAUGGGGCGGUCAAGGUGGUGUGCCUUGAGGAAUGUCGCUCCAGAAGUGAUGCUAUAGGGAGUGAAUUGGCAAUAGAGGAGCCUAUUAAUAAGGUCAAGGGGACAGAUCCAAGAUGCUUUUACUGGAUAUGGUUGGCUCUCCUGAUGAAGUGCUCCAAGAAGCUGCAGCUGGUUGUAUCUCAAACAUCCGCAGGCUGGCUCUGGCUACAGAGAAGGCAAAAUAUGGUUGAAGUCUGA